UUGUUCUUGUUUCAAUCUCAAAGUGGUGCCCAUCCCACGUUUUCAUCACCUAAAUUAAACUUUUCUUACGUUUCAUGAUAAUCCAAAAAUUAAACCUGUUAUGUUGAUCGGAAGGAUGAAACAAGGAGACCCCAUGUCCCAUUUUCCAAGAUUUUCAUAUAUUUGGUGACCCUUUUGGUGAAAUGGUCCAUAGCUCUGCUGAUUUUGAAAUGAAAGAAAAUAAUUAUGAUAACAAUUUAGAGGAAGAGCAAACCUAUUUUGAAAUAGGUGUGGUGGUUCCUAAAAGGUUUGGAAGAUUAGGUGAUGACAAGUAUGAUUGUGUGGAAGUUCUUGUUGAUGAGUUUAACAGAGUUGGCUUCAUUGUUGAUAGAGUUACUGGCAUGCAAUACGAAUUCAUCAAGUUAGCAGCUCCGGUGGAAGUACUAGGGAGGGCGGCAGCUGAGUUACAGCUAAAAAAACAGACUCGAAUCGGAGUGGAUGUACUAUUUGAAUGGGAGGAAGCCGAAGCAUUUGCUAGACAGCCUGAUGGGGCAUUGUUCAGUUGGUUUGAACGCUUCCGUUGUUACCAUCACAUAUUAUAUGGGAUUGUAAACAAGAGUGAAGCUGGUAUAGCUUUAAGGUCUGAAUCGAUGGAAAUUUCCUGGGAGCCAAUGGAACCUCUAAUGAGGAAGUUAGAAUCGUUGGGCAUUGUUAAAGAGGUUUUCCCUUUGCACGAUGAAGCAAAGAGAAAGCAGCUUAUUAGAAGUUGGGCAUUGAACUGGCGGGACUUCACAUGUCAGCCUAUUGAUGAGAUAUAUUCAUAUUUUGGAAUGAAGAUAGCAACCUAUUUUGCUUUCCUUGGAAUGUACACGAGGUGGAUGUUGUUUCCUGCUGCCCUUGGCCUAACUGUGCAGUUUGUGGAUUUUGGAUCAUUCCAGUGGCUGGUCCUUCCAGUUUUUUUUAUGAGCACAAUAUUGUGGGCCGUACUGUUUUCCCAAUUUUGGAGACGUAAAAAUGCUGCUAUGCUAGCCAGGUGGAAGGUAAAUUAUUCAAUUCGGGACUCCAGAAGUAAGUUCUUAGAAAUGGAACGAACUUCUCUUCAGUCCUCUUUUGAAGACGGAAAUAAUUGGACAAUUAAACCACAAGAGAAAGAUAUGUUCCAAAGAGAGGAAUGGAAUGGACGUAUGAGGAGAUUAAGAAAUGAUGUUAUCAUCAUCACGAGCAUCAUAUGUCUCCAGCUGCCAUUUGAAUUAGCAUAUGCGCAUCUCUACGAAGUUAUCGAGACUGAUAUUGUGAAGUUUUUGUUGACUGCAGCUUACCUUGGUGUCAUCCAGUAUUUUACGAAAUUUGGGGGUAAAAUUUCAGUGAAACUCAUUAUGCAUGAACAAAAUGAGAAUAAAGAAUAUCGAGCUGACAGCCUUGUUUACAAGGUGUUUGGUCUUUAUUUCAUGCAGUCGUAUAUAGGAAUUUUCUAUCAUGCCCUUCUUCAUCGAAAUCUUGUGACCCUUCGCCAAGUGCUAAUUCAGCGUCUGAUUGUAUCUGAAGUAUUGCAAAAUCUUUUGGAAAAUUCUAUACCAUACAUGAAGUACCGUUACAGAAAGCAAAGAGCUAUAAGAAAAAGAAAACGUGAGAGAGGAUCAUCAACUGAGAAGACCCAAUUCAUAUCAAGGGUGGAGAAAGAGUAUCUGAAGCCUGCUUAUUGUGCAAGUAUAGGCGAAGAACUCGAAGAUGGAGUCUUUGAUGAUUUACUAGAGGUGGCCCUGCAGUUUGGGAUGGUCAUGAUGUUUGGCUGCGCAUUCCCUCCAGCAUUUGUCUUUGCUGCUUUGAACAACAUUACUGAAAUAAGAGCAGAUGCACUGAAACUCCUGGUAAUGCUAAGAAGGCCUAUUCCUCGUGCUGGUGCAACAAUUGGUGCUUGGCUAAAUAUAUUUCAGUUUCUCAUAGUAAUGUCUAUAUGCACCAACUGCGUACUUUUGAUAUGCUUAUUUGAUCGGGAGGGGGAGUGGAAUAUCUCACCUGGCCUCGCAGCAAUACUAAUCAUGGAACAUGUACUGUUGAUGAUUAAAUUUGGAUUCUCUCGCAUAGUGCCUGAGGAGCCUGAUUGGGUUAAAGCAAGGCGGAUGAGCAAUGCAAGUCAAGCACAGAACAUAUACUCUAAGCAACUUCUCAAAAGUAUCUCUGGUGAAAAAAGGCUUGAACAGAAAUCCGAGUGAAAAUUGAAAAUGUUAUGUUGCUGGGUAUCACUCCUCAUUUGGAGAAACCAAGCAUGGGCUCUGCAUGUUAUCUCAACUUAUAGAAUGCUGCGAUUGAACAGUGUCCUGUUAAUGCCUCUGUACUUUCAACAGAUACCAAGUGAUACAUUUCCUUCUUUGUUGAUUAGUUUUGUUGUUUUAUUUGGUUGAUUUAUUUACGGCAUAGUUUUGAAUCUUGUCAAAUGAGAUUGGCGUGUAAAUACAUAUAAUUAUCAUGAAAUUAUUCAACUUUAUAAGGGAAAAUAUUUUGGCCUGUAA